CUGGGCCAGGGGCAAAUGGAGGAUGGGGCCCGGGGAGGCCACCUUCCUUCGGAGUGGGCGAAGAGGGGCCGCGGGACCCCCGCCGGGCUGCAUAUCCUCUUUCCGCCCACUUCCGGCGGAGGGACAUAUCACAGACUCCACCUACCUAAAGGCACCAUGAGCCAGGACACCGAGGUGGACAUGAAGGAAGUGGAGCUGAACGAGAUGGAGCCCGAGAAGCAGCCGAUGAACGCGGCGUCGGGGGCGGCCGUGGCCGUGGUGGCGGCGGGCGGCGCCGAGAAGAACGGCCUGGUGAAGAUCAAGGUGGCCGACGACGAGGCGGAGGACGCGGCCAAGUUCACGGGCCUGUCGAAAGAGGAGCUGCUGAAGGUGGCGGGCAGCCGCGGCUGGGUCCGCACGCGCUGGGCGCUGCUGCUGCUCUUCUGGCUCGGCUGGCUCGGCAUGCUGGCGGGCGCCGUGGUCAUCAUCGUGCGGGCCCCGCGGUGCCGCGAGCUGCCGGCGCAGAGCUGGUGGCACAAGGGCGCCCUCUACCGCAUCGGCGACCUUCAGGCCUUCCAGGGCCGCGACGCCGGCAACCUAGCGGGCCUGAAGGGGCGUCUCGAUUACCUGAGCACCCUGAAGGUGAAGGGCAUUGUGCUGGGCCCAAUUCACGAGAACCAGGAGGAUGACGUCGCUGGGACGAACUUGGAACAGAUCCACCCGGCUCUUGGCUCCAAGGAAGAUUUUGAUAGUCUCCUGCAAUCGGCCAAGAAAAAGAGCAUCCGGGUCAUUCUGGACCUCACUCCCAACUACAGGGGCCAGAACCCAUGGUUCCUCCCCGAUGAGAUUACCAGUGUGGCCACCAAGGUGGAGGAUGCCCUGAAGUUUUGGAUGCAGGCUGGUGUGGAUGGCUUCCAGUUUCGGGACGUGGGGAAUCUGACGAAUGCGUCUUCAUUCUUGGCCAAGUGGCAGGACAUGACCAAAAACAUCAGUGAAGAUAGGUGGGUGACAGACCACACCCCCUCCCCAAGUCGGCUUCACUGUGAGAACCCCUCAGUGGAAUGGCUCUUGAUUGCAGGGACCGAGUCCUCUGACCUUCACCAGAUCCGGAGCCUACUCGAAUCCACCAAGGACCUGUUGCUGACCAGCUCCUACCUGUCAAACCCCAGUUUCACUGGCAAGCAUGUAGAAUUCCUGGUCACCCAGUAUUUGAACACCACUGGCAGUCGUUGGUGCAGCUGGAGUUUGUCUCAGACGGGGCUCCUGACUUCCUUCGUGCCGGCUCAACUCCUCCGACUCUACCAGCUGCUGCUCUUCACCCUGCCAGGGACCCCGGUUUUCAGCUAUGGGGAUGAGAUUGGCCUGGAGGCAGCUGUCCCACCUGGACAGCCUCUGAAGGCCCCAGUCAUGCUGUGGGAUGAAUCCAGCUUCCCCAACACCUCAAGAUCUGUAAGCUCCAGCAAGACUGUGAAGGCUCAGAGUCAAGACCCUGGCUCCCUCCUCUCCCUGUUCCGGCGGCUGAGUGAUCAGCGGAGUAAGGAGCGCUCCCUGCUGCAUGGCGACUUCCACAUACUCUCGUCCGGGCCUGACCUCUUCUCCUACGUCCGACAAUGGGACCAGAACGAGCGUUUCCUGGUAGUGCUCAACUUUGGGAAUGUGGGCCAACCUGCCAAGUUGGGGACCUCCAGCCUGCCCACCAGCACCAGCCUGCCGGCCAAGGUGGAUCUGAUGCUCAGCACCCAGCCGGGCCGUAAGGAGAGUGCCUCUGUUGAGCUGGAGCACCUGACCCUGGAACCCCACGAGGGCUUGCUGCUCCGCUUCCCCUACGUGGCCUGAACAGGACCCACCACUCACACCUUCCCUUCUCCAGGCCCUUUGGCUUCUCGUUUCUCUUUCCUUUUUUUUAUUUUUAACUGUCACAGAUCACAAGUGAACCCCCAAAUAGGGUGUUUUCUGCCUUCAAAUAAAAGUCACCCCUGCCUGGUGA